UAGGGGAUGACAAGACCUAACGCUUCUUCGAUCAGACGGUCACCGACCUCCCUUUCUUCCUCACUCUGGAGCCGACUGAUCGUUCCCUGGCGUCUCGUCGCCACCGCUCCUCUGCAUAUUUUGAUGUGAUGGAGACGGGGUACGACUCCAUUCUCGGCACUCCGUGGUCUCGUCUGUUCCGCAGCACUGAGGCCGAUUGGGCGACCAACACUCUCGUUCUCAAAACGAAUUGUGGACAGACGUAUCGCGUACCUUUUAUAGGUACCACUGCGACACCACGCCCCAAUCCUCCUCUCCCGGAGCUUUCUGUGCCCACACCAUCUCCUUCUAUCACUGUCACUUCGCCUUGGCAGUUCGCCCACUUCCUCCGACAGGACGACGUCACCUUCUUUAUGGUGAACGUGACGGAUCUCUUACACUAUGAUCCACCCUGUCCCGACGCCGAGCUCCUCCCUCUGGAGCCAGAUCCUCCUUCUAUCUCCAUGGCUCCCAUCUCUACUUCCGUCCCUCCGCCGUCCGUCGAGCCCACCCCGUCGUCGGGCGCUGACGCUGACGCUGAGGAACUCGCACGAUAUACGGUUGACCUGGAGCCCGCAGUUCGUGACCUCAUCCGAGAGUACCACGACGUUUUUCCAUCGUCGUUCUCGUACGUCGGCAUCCCACCGAUGCGUGACGUCAAGCACUCCAUUCAGCUUGUGCCUGACUAUCGUGUUCACGACCAGGCACCCUACAGACUCUCGAUCCCCGAGGCCACCGAACUCAAGCAUCGGCUUGAGGAGCUCCUGAGACUGGGUUUCAUUAAACCCAGCAACUCCCCGUGGGGUGCACUCGUCCUCUUUGCUCGCAAAGCGGAUGGAACUCUCCAUCUCUGCAUCGACUAUCGCGGUCUCAACCGCCACACGGUUAAGAACAGCUACCCCAUGCCUCGUUCUGAUGAGCUGUUCGACCGCCUAGCAGGCAACCGCUUCUUUACGAAGAUUGAUCUUCGUAGCGGUUACCAUCAGAUCCGCGUCGCUGAGCUGUUCGACCGCCUAGCAGGCAACCGCUUCUUUACGAAGAUUGAUCUUCGUAGCGGUUACCAUCAGAUCCGCGUCGCUGCAGCCGACCAGCCGAAGAUAGCGUUCCGAUCGCGCUUCGGCCACUACGAGUUUACGAUGAUGCCAUUCGGCCUCACCAAUGCACCCGCCACCUUCCAGAGGGCGAUGAACGACAUCUUCAGGGACAUCCUGGAGCAGUACAUUCUCGUCUACCUCGACGAUAUCCUGGUCUACAGUCGUACCCUUGAGGAGCACCGCAGACACCUCCGCGACGUCCUUGACCGCUUGCGCAGAUAUAGCUUUUAUGCCAAGCUGAGCAAGUGCCGCUUUGCCCAGCACAAAGUGAAUUUCGUAGGACACUACGUGUCUGACCAGGGUCUCCACAUGGAUGACGCGAAGAUCACUGCUAUUGCGGAGUGGCCCGCUCCCACAUCUGCCAAGCAGCUUCGCAACUUCCUAGGCCUAACCAGCUACUAUAGUAAUUUCAUCCGGGGAUACGCUUGGUAUUCCUACGUCCUUACCUCCACCCUCCUCUGGAAGAACCCACCCUGGGCUUGGACACCCCUCCACGAGGACGCCUUCCGCGCCCUCAAGAAGGCGGUGACAUGCGCACCGGUUCUUCACCUACCCGAUUUUGAUCACCCUUUUAUCCUUACCACCGAUGCGUCAGACUUUGCUGUAGGAGCAGUGCUUUCUCAGGUCUUUCCCUCCUCUCUUGAUUCCUCUCAUCCUCGUAUCCCUCUCUUCCCACCACCUACCCCUACCACUGCUUCCCGACUGACGCCUACUCGUCCACCUACUGACGAACCUUCUAUUGACUAUUCUCCUACCAUCGCCGAUGACAGCACUGUCGAGUCUCGCUCAGAGUGUCCCACCUGUCAGGAGGUGAACGGUGCGAACCACCUGCCUUAUGGUUUGCUCCAGCCUCUUUCUAUCCCUGAGGGUCGUUGGCAGUCCAUCUUGAUGGACUUUAUCGGUCCCCUUCGUCUUCCGACCCCUCGCGGUCAUGAUGCUAUCCUGGUCGUCGUCGACCGCUUCACGAAGCGUGCACGCUUUGUUCCGUGCUGCUAUGCCAUCAGUGCCCGUGAGGUCGCCGACAUCGUGUUUGACCGAGUCGUGCGUGACCACGACUUACCCCUGAGCAUCAUAUCUGACCGUGACCCGCGCUUUACCAGCCGAUUUUGGCGACGACUCCACGAGGUGUACGGCACUCAGCUCCGCUUCUCCUCGUCUUACCAUCCUCAGACUGAUGGUCAGACCGAGAUCAAGAACAAGACUCUCGGAGAUAUUCUCCGAAAGAUUGUUCGUGACGACUAGCAAUGAGAUCUCCAUCUUGCCCACGCGGACAUAGCCUACAACCACG